CGGGUUUUCCUCCCCCUGUGUUGCUUUCUCCUGACUUAGGCUCGGAGCUCCACGCAGGCGCCUUCGCCGGGAUAGUGUUUCCUCCACUGCCGUCGAGCCUCCUUCUCCGACCAUUUGUUUGUGAUUUGUGGGGCCCAUAUGUUCUGAUCGGAGGGGAAUGAGUAGAAGGGGAAAUCUGUCGUGACUUUUUUUCCGAGGAGAAAGUGGCCCCCUCUGCCAACAGGGCAGUAUUGUCUGGUCGUUGGUGCUGUCUUGUCUACGUAACGGAUCAUCAUCAUCAUCAUAGAGAUCCGAGGAAGGACAGGAAAGGGACCUCUUCUUUAUGUUGCCGCGGAAAUAACACUACAGAGUCUAGAUGGACCUAAAGCUGCUGUUGAUAUCUACAAUGGUAGGAGUUCUCUGUUGCAGUAAUGCUCAAAAAGAGGGGAAUGAGUGUAUCAGUGCCAACGCCAAAUACUGCGGCCAGUGCAUCCAGGCUGGAGCCAAAUGCGGCUGGUGUACAGACCCAGACUUCCUGAAACAGGGCGAGACUGUUUCGACCCGUUGUGACGAGUUGCAGUCUCUGAAGAGCAGAGGCUGUAAAGAUGAAAUGAUUGCAAACCCACGGGGUGAACAGAAGAUCCUCAAGAACAAAAUGGUGACUAAUCGCAGAAAGGGCACAGAUAAACUGAGACCUGAAGAUAUUACUCAGAUCCAACCCCAGAAAAUCAGUCUGAAUCUGCGAUCUGGUGAGCCCCAGUCUUUCACGUUGAAGUUUAAGCGAGCUGAGGAUUAUCCCAUUGACCUGUACUAUCUGAUGGACCUGUCCUAUUCCAUGAAGGAUGAUCUGGAGAAUGUCAAGAACCUGGGAACCAGCCUGAUGCUGGAGAUGUCAAAGAUCACCUCUGACUUCAGGAUAGGCUUUGGCUCAUUUGUAGAGAAAACUGUCAUGCCCUACAUCAGCACCACCCCAGCCAAACUGCUGAACCCCUGCACCGGUGACCAGAACUGCACCAGCCCCUUCAGCUAUAAAAAUGUCCUGAAGCUGACCAGUGAUGGCAAGAAGUUUAACACCCUGGUGGGUCAGCAGCACAUCUCUGGAAACCUGGACUCCCCAGAGGGAGGCUUUGAUGCGAUCAUGCAAGUGGCUGUAUGUGGGGAGCAGAUCGGCUGGAGGAAUGUCACUCGCCUGUUGGUGUUUUCCACUGACGCUGGCUUCCACUUUGCUGGAGAUGGAAAACUGGGUGGCAUUGUGCUUCCCAAUGAUGGAAAAUGUCACUUGGAGAACAAUGUGUACACCAUGAGCCACUACUAUGAUUAUCCCUCCAUUGCUCACCUGGUUCAGAAACUGAGCGACAACAACAUUCAGACAAUCUUUGCCGUGACAGAGGAGUUCCAGCCUGUGUACCAGGAGCUGAAAAACCUGAUACCCAAGUCUGCAGUGGGCACUCUGUCUGCCAACUCCAGCAAUGUAAUCAACCUUAUUAUAGAUGCUUACAAUUCUCUGUCAUCCGAGGUUAUUUUGGAAAACAGCAAGCUUCCAGAGGGUGUGAGCAUCAUUUACACGUCCCGCUGUAAAAAUGGGAUAAUCAGCGAGGGUGAAAAUGGACGGAAGUGCUCCAACAUCUCCAUUGGAGAUGAGGUUACAUUUAACAUCAGUGUGACAUCUAAGGGCUGUCCAAAGCAAGGGAAACCUGAGACCAUUAAAAUCAAGCCACUGGGUUUUACAGAGGAGGUGGAGAUCACACUCAACUUCAUCUGUGAGUGUGAGUGUCACAAAGAUGGCAUCGAAAACAGCGACCUCUGCCACUUUGGUAAUGGAACGUAUGAAUGUGGAGCCUGCAAGUGUAAUGAUGGACGCGUGGGCAGAUUUUGUGAAUGCAGCAGCCAUGAAGUGGCCACAGAGGACAUGGACCGAACCUGCCGCAAAGACAAUGGUACUGACAUCUGCAGCAACAACGGAGAAUGUGUGUGUGGUACAUGUGAGUGUAAGAAAAGAGAAAACCCUGAGGAGAGGUACAGCGGUCAGUACUGCCAAUGUGAUAACUUCAACUGCGACCGCUCUGGAAACAAGCUGUGUGGAGGGCAUGGGCGAUGUGAGUGCAGGGUUUGCAUCUGUGACUACCCCUGGACUGGCAGUGCCUGUGACUGUUCUUUGGACAAUAGCACAUGUAUGGCCAGUAACAAGCAGAUCUGUAACGGCAGAGGGACGUGUGAAUGUGGCACCUGUAAGUGCACUGACCCCAAAUUUCAGGGUCCCACCUGUGAGACCUGCCCCACAUGUCCAGGAGUCUGCACUGAACACAAAGAGUGUGUCCAGUGCCGUGCAUUCGGCACCGGAGAGAAGAAGGACACAUGUGAGCGAGACUGCAGCUACUUCAACCUGAUCAAAGUCAAGGACAGGAACAAGCUGCCACAGCCCAACGAUGCCUCAUAUCCCGUCAUGCACUGCAAGGAGAGGGACGCCAAUGACUGCUGGUUCUACUACACUUAUGCUGUGAACAACAACACAGAGAAGGAGGUCCAUGUGGUUGACACUCUGGACUGCCCCGCUGGUCCUGAUAUCAUUCCCAUUGUGGCGGGCGUGGUUGCUGGCAUUGUCCUCAUCGGCUUAGCCCUGCUGCUCAUCUGGAAGUUGCUGAUGAUCAUUCAUGACAGAAGAGAGUUUGCCAAGUUUGAAAAGGAGAAGAUGAAUGCCAAGUGGGAUACGGGUGAAAAUCCCAUCUACAAAAGUGCUGUCACGACUGUAGUAAACCCCAAAUAUGAAGGAAAAUGAUGGACUUGACAAUUUUUUUCAGUGAAAUCUGCUAUAAAGUAUUUGACAUCUGCAGUAUUUCCAGCUGGUUCAGGUCCUGAGGAGGGAACCUACAAUGAAUAUCUGUCACUUCUUGUCGCUUUAUCAUUUAAAUGUACCAUUCGGCCACUGCAUUGUAUUUUUACUAACACCCCUGAUUUAUAUGUAUUUGUUGUAUUUCAGAUGUACAGUUAUACAUUAUGUGUAUAUACUUUUAAGUUGCAUAUUUGCAGAAAAUUAUGACAUGAAGGUGUUUUUCUUUUUUCUGCCACAGAACUGGACUGCCACAGGACUGGUAUGGGCAGAUAACUUUUUUUUUUUAACAAUACAAUGUGCACACUAUGGAUAUAUGUAUGGUUGGAUAUACAAUAUUCCUUUCUCUGUCAUUCACUCUGUCUCCUCAUCUCUCUCUCUCUCUCUCUUUCGCUCUCUCUCUCUCUUUCUCUCUCUCUCUCUCUCUCUUGCUCUCUCUCUCUCUGUGCACUGACUUCCUGUGUGUUUCUGUUACAGACAGGACCUGAGUUAAAUACUUUCAGCUAUAGCACAUUAUGCCAAUGUGUAUAUAUCAAAACAGGUGCAGAAGGAAGCACCGAAUAAUACUUAGCUUCGAAGUAAAAUUGGACAGUUCUGCUGGAUCUUUUCUGUAACUUAUCUGUAAUUGAUUGAAAUGCACUCUUAUUACCUCCGCCAAGGAGGUUAUGUUUUUGCCAGGCUUUGUUUGUUUGUCUGUUUGUUUGUUUGUCUGUCCGUUAGUGUGCAACAUAACUCAAAAAGUUAUGGACAGAUUUUGAUGAAAUU